UUGCUAGGAAAAAUGUUUCCCUUAACGUGCUCGGUGAAAGUUUUACAGAAAUGUAUCAGCAGGAAUGCCAGCACGGCUAUUUCAACAGUGAAGCCUCGAAUAUGUAUUGUCGGUGCUGGUCCUGCUGGGUUCUAUACUGCUCAGUAUAUCCUCAAACAUUUGACUAAUUCCUGUAUCGAUAUCGUUGAAAAACUACCGGUCCCAUUUGGAUUAGUGAGAUUCGGUGUAGCUCCAGAUCAUCCUGAGGUAAAAAAUGUCAUCAAUACAUUUACAAAAACGGCAGAAAAUGAGCGCGUACGGUUUCUUGGAAACCUGUGUCUGGGAAAGGAUUUCACGUUGACAGAGUUAAAGGAAAGGUAUCAUGCUGUUUUGCUGACCUAUGGUGCUGAGCAAGACAAUACAUUAGGAAUCCCGAACGAAUCUCUACCCAACGUUUUAUCGGCACGUGAAUUUGUUGCUUGGUAUAAUGGGUUGCCUGGAUUUGAAAAUUUAAAUCCGGAUUUAAGUGGUAAAUCUUUAACGCUAUUAGGACAAGGAAAUGUGGCUGUAGAUGUGGCACGUAUCGUUCUUUCUAAUGUAGACGAACUGAAGAAAACCGACAUUACUGAAUAUGCUCUAGAAGCACUUUCGCGAAGCCAAAUUGAAAAUGUCAACCUCGUUGGACGUAGGGGUCCACUGCAGGCGGCGUUCACUAUAAAAGAAUUGCGGGAAAUGUUGAAAUUGUCUAGCUGCACCACCAGCUGGAGGGUGGAUGAUUUUGACCAUGUAGAAGAAAACUUAGCUGAUCUACCUCGUCCUAGAAAACGUAUCACGGAAUUGAUGCUGAAAAGUUUAGCAGAACAAAACCAGCAUAGAAACCCUCAACAAGGGCGUCGUUUUCAACCCAUCUUUUUUCGAUCACCAGGUAGUUUCGUCGGCCGAGAUAAGGUCGAAGCCAUUGAGUAUAUCGUCAAUAAGCUCGCGGAUGGCCGAGCUGUUCCAACAGACCAACGAGAAACUAUUCCGACUGAUCUAGUUUGUCGCAGCAUUGGUUACCGAGCAGUCAGUGUAGACAAUCAUAUCAAUUUUGAUGAACGAAGGGGUUGCAUCAACAAUGCGGGAGGUCGUGUGUUGAAACGGAAUCUCACCAGAAGUGAUCGAACGAUCGAUGAUAUUGAGGACAAAUACGAACCCGGUUUAUAUGCAUCCGGUUGGUUAGCAACCGGACCAACAGGAGUUAUACUCACAACGAUGAAUAAUUCUUUUGGUGUUGCCGAAAUGGUGUGUCGAGAUUUCAACAGUAACACCAUCCGCAUGAAUGAUUCCCGGCCAGGAUUAGAUCUAUCCAGCAAAGCAUACGUUAGCUGGAAUGGUUGGAAAGCUAUUGAUAGUGAAGAAGUUAAAAGGGGGCAAGCUAAGGGAAAGCCACGAGAGAAACUCACCUGCGUAAAAACCAUGUUACAGAUUGCAUCUAAUGCAAGCGAAUAGAUUCUAUAAGAACAUCGCCCCGUAUUUGUUACUGGUACCUGUGGUUCAUACUUGAUCAUAUUGUUAUAUUAUUCGCUUUAUUGCUUGCUUCUUUCAUUUAUCUUGGG